UGUCUCUAACCUACUUAAACUGUUUUUCUCAGCUGACUGGUGGGCUGCCUAUGGAGUAGACCCGAACAGGAAAGAUCCAGCUCUAAAGAAGUUGGCUAUGAAGAUUCUUGGACUCACGUGUUCUACCAGUGGUUACGAGUGCAAUUGGAGCACGUUCGAGGCAAUUCAUACCAAGAAAAGGAAUCGCCUUGAGCAAAAAAAUCUCAACGACUUGGUUUUCAUUCAAUACAAUCAAAAAUUGCGAGAACGAUUCCAAACUAGGAAAGAAAAGCCCGGUUUCUUUGACCCUAUCUGCUUAAAUGAGUUGGAUGCAGAUAACAAGUGGCUCGUAGAGACGGAGGACCCAGUAUUUUGUGGAGAGGAGCUGACAUGGGCAUUAGUUGAAGAUGUCGCAUACAGAUCGACACCUGGUGAAGGUAGUACCACUCGAAGGCGAAGGACGAGGGGGAGCCAGAGGGUGAGUAAUAGCCGUCAACCCGUUGAGGAGAUUGAAGAAGGAGAUGGUGAUAAUGAUGAUCAAGCUGAAGAUCAUCCACCAUUGGAUGUUGAUGAAGUAUUAGUACGUACAGAUGAUAAAGAAACGGAAGAAGAAGAAGUGUAUGUGGAAGAAGGAGAUGACUCGAAUGAUGAUGAUGGUGGUGGUGGUGGUGGUGGACCUGGUGGUGAUAUGCCGCAAUGGUUACUAGAUCAAUGUAAAUGAUUAUUAAUUAGAUAAAUAAUAAAUAAAUAACUUCUUCAUUUUGUUUACAUGUUAAUUGUUGAUGUAUAUCAUGUAGUGUUGAAUGUUGAAUAUUGAUAUUUCAUAUUUGUUAAAUAUUAAUUGUUAAGAAGUUAACUAUAUUGUAGAAUGUAGUAGAAUUGUUGAUGAAUGAAUAAUGAUGACUUAACU